AUGCUGUGUCCUCACACCCAUGACCCCGGGCUGAGCUGCCUGUCCCCCAUGCGGAGCUGCCACCGCUCCAGAGAGCCCAUGUCCCAGGAGCACGGCUGGCGGGAGCUGCCGGAGAGUCACGAAGAAGACGACAGAAAAGUAAGGAGGAGAGAAAAAAAUCGAGUUGCUGCACAGAGGAGCCGGAAGAAGCAAACUCAGAAAGCAGAUAAACUUCAUGAGGAAUAUGAGUCUCUUGAGCAGGAAAAUACCUCCCUGAAAAGAGAAAUUGGAAAGCUAACAGAUGAAAUGAAACACUUGAGUGAAGUGUUGAAGGAUCAUGAAAAGAUCUGUCCUCUCUUGCACUGCACCAUGAACUUUGUGACCAUACCAAGGCCUGAUGCACUUGCCAGCUGCCUACCAAGAUGAGUGCUCUCCUCAAUCACCUCUAAAUGUGAUGUGUGAAAGUGCCACUAACAGGAGGUUUGAAGAACUGCCUACUUCGUGUGCAGUUCUUACAUCGAAGAGGGCUGGACACGACCAUGCAGCUCUCCUCCACGUCGAAAUGUUACAGCCAACUGAAUCUCAGGAAAACACCAAUAUGGGAAAAAAAAAAAAAAGACAAUUUGAAAAGCAGCUUCUAACUUGGUAGACUCUUCAAGCCAUGGUUUUGCCUUUAGAAAUGUCGAAGUGCCGUGCAGCCCACUAUGGAGCGAUGGAAUGUAGACAGGGAAAAGUACCGACCUCAGACUGGGAUGCCUUUCUCCCACACGUCCAGUGCCAGUAACCCUUUGUCACUUGUCGCCUGUGUAUGUCAUGAUGUGGCUGCUGGGUUUUAUGUCUCUGAACAGGUUUGGUUAAUAAAAGCAAUGUCUCAUCUUUACAA